UGGACACGUAAAUAUAAAUAAAAGUUUAAACAUUUUUUUACUUAGUUAUAAAUAAACUUGCGUAUGAUGAAAUCCUAAUGUCAUGCAUUAUUAUAUGUGAUUGUGGGAUUUACAGAAGAAUCCAAUGUUACAAGAUUUUGUCCUCAUAAAUAUAAGUCUCGCAAUAUUAGAUCAUAUUCCUAGGCUCAGAAACAAUUAUUUCUACCACUUUUAAUAAAUGUUGUAAACAUUUAAGCAAAAUGGGUAGCGAAGAAUUAAUUCCUAGGAAUUAUCAAGUCCUUUUGAUGAGAAUAUGUCUUGAGCAAAAUACUAUUAUUUAUUUACCUACGGGCUCCGGUAAAACAUUUAUAACCACAAUGGUCUUGAAACAAAAAGGAGAGGAUCUUUUAAGAUCGUAUAGUGAAGGUGGUAAAAUCUCUAUAAUCUUAGUGAAUACUGUGGCACUUGUGGAUCAACAUGGAAGUUACAUUACUAAUCACACAAGCUUUUCUGUUGGAAAAUAUACUGGUGAGAUGAAUCUAGACUUCUGGCCAAGGACUAAGUGGUUUGAAGAAUUUAACAAAUAUCAAGUAUUGAUAAUGACAUCGCAAAUUUUGGAUAAUCUAUCAAGGACUAAUUUUAUAGAUUUGAACCAAGUUAAUUUGUUGGUUUUUGAUGAAUGUCAUCGAGGUGUAAAUGAUCAUACCAUGAGAAAUUUAAUGAAACGGUUUGAACAUUUAAGUGAUCCUCCGAGAGUUAUUGGCCUCACAGCGACUCUGUUAAACGGCAAUUGCCAACCACACGAGGUCUUACCGAAAAUCAGAAGUUUAGAAACAACGUUUCAUAGUAAAGUUGCCACAGUAGAAGAACUUAAAGAUGUUAUUGGCUACUCUACAAACCCUCACGAAGUUGUCGUUGGAUUUGAUAAACACCGUCUCCAAAUGGAUGAACUAUUUGCAAAAGCUAGAUUAGAGAAAAUCAUGUUAAAUUUGUCAAAUGUAAUGGGAAAUCCAAUUCCGAUUAAUCUAACUCUAAAGGGAUUAGUGCCGAUACGUGUAGAAGAAGGACAAAAACGGUUGAUAAAUCUUCUUAAAGAUUUAGUGUAUCAUAUUGAAACCAUGGGGAUAUAUGGUGGAGCAAAAGCUUGUCAAGUGAAUAUUAUAAAAAUUGAAAGGUUGAAGAAACAUUGUGACGACAUGAGGCUUUCCAUGAUCUUUGAUUCUGUGCAGACCAUGCUUGGAUUUAUAACUCUAAAGUUGCAGAAACGGAUGACGGGUUUAUCAGAAAGGGAGCAGAUUUAUCAGUAUUCUUCAGAUCAAAUUAAACAAUUGAUUAAUAUAUUUAAUCAGUCCAAAAAAAUAAAGGGAACCGAUGAAUUAUGUUGCAUAGUAUUUACACAGAGAAGAUCUACCGCACAAAUUUUAUUUCACAUUUUCAAAGCGUUAAGUCGAAGUGAUCCCGAAUAUAAUUACAUCAAAUCCAAUUUUAUAGUAGGACAUAAUAGUAAUCCUUAUAAUGAUACUAGGGAAUUGUUAUACUUACAUAAAAAAAACAAACAAAUUUUAAACGAUUUCACAAACAAAGAAAUCAACCUUUUGGUAUCAUCUAACGUUUUGGAAGAGGGUGUAGAUGUGCCCAAAUGUAGUCUAGUUAUAAAAUAUGACUGCCCGAUGGAUUACAGGUCCUAUGUUCAAUCAAAAGGAAGAGCUCGACACAAAGAAAGUUUUUACUAUGUAAUGGUUGAUUAUGAGAAUUUCAAAAGCUUCGAUAGAAGAGUAAAUGGCUAUAAAACAAUCGAAGACAUGUUAAAUCAGUAUUUGAUUGGAAAGAAUUCCGAGAGAGAAGAGAUUUCAGAAGAAGCUCUCCAAGCAUUGUACAACGAAGAUGAAAUUCCUCCUUAUUAUGUUAAACCAGGUGGUGCUUGCGUUACGAUGUUAUCAGCAAUAUCUUUGCUAUGCCAGUAUUGCACAAGCCUUGCUUCCGAUAUGUACAGUGAGGCCGCUCCCGAGUGGUAUAAGAAAGAGAAUUUGGGGAAAACCGCUGUUGUUAUCCUGCUACCCACUGGUUCUAAAAUUCUGGAUGAAAUUCAGGGGCAAUUUAUGUCAAACAUAAAACUAGCCAAGAGAGCAGCUGCAUUCAAAUGCUGCGUUUUGCUUCAUCAAGUGGGAGAAUUGGAUGAUCAUUUGUUACCCGUAAAGAAGACUGUAAAAGAAGAAGACGUGAGUUUUCUGUUUACCCAUUACCCGGAUAAAGAAAAUAGAGCAAAUGCAAAUUUAAAAACGCGUAGAUUACAUAAAAAGAUGGUUCCGAAUACACUUAAAGAACAAAUUCGACCUUCUUCUAAGGUCUAUCUACAUUGUCUCCAAUUAAAUCCACAAUUUAGCAGACAUAAUUCGGACAUUAAUCAAUCCACCGUUUAUGAUAUGUAUACAUCUUCUCUAAGUUAUGGAAUUAUCACUACGUCGCCGUUACCAACCAUUUGUGAUUUCCCGAUUUACCUUACUUCGGGUACAAUAGAAGUUUCUUUAAAAGUAAAUCAUCGAUCACUGAAUAUUACCCACGUGGAUUUGGACGACAUUAAAACAUUUCACUUCAACGUUUUUGAUAGCGUUUUAGAAAUUUUACCAAGAUUUUUAAUUUUUGAUACUAGUGAUAAUGCAGAAAUGAUGCUGUUAGUUCCUGUAAAUAAAGAAAAUGGUGAUAUAGAUUGGGACGUUUUGAGGAGCAGAGUUUCUGCUCAACUUGUUAAUGAAUUAAGCGAAGAACAAAAGUUGAAUUUGCCAGUAACACAAGAGGGUUACUUGAGAAAAAUCGUCAAUCCCUGGUACAGACGGGACACGCCUACAUAUAUUGUAACGGAAGUAUGCUUUAAUAAGUCUGCUAAAUCGCCAUUUCCAAAUGAGAGCUUCAGUAGUUUUGCAGAAUAUUUCAGGACAAAACAUAAUAUUACUCUACUAAACCCUGAUCUUCCAUUGCUAAAGGUUAAAGGAUUAACCAAAAAUAGGAUUUUUAUUAAGCCAAAAGGUGCUUCUAAAGGAAAAAGAAAAUAUGAUGAACAUACGGAAUUAGAAGAAUAUUUACCACCUGAAUUAGUGGUGACACAGGAAUAUCCCGCCCCUUUGUGGAUUCAGUCCAACUUCCUGCCGACGAUUCUGAGUAGGAUUUCGUUUAUGCUGCAAUUAGAGCAACUGAGGUGCAAAAUCGUUGAAGAAACAGGAAUGGGUUCAAUUAUUCAUACUAAUAGGAAAGCUCUUCAAUUGGAUGAGUACCUUUUAGACUAUAAACCGUACGUAGAAGAAAUACCCUAUCACGAAGAUACACCUAUGGACAUUGAUCAAGUAGAUGCCAUUCAGGCUUUUCCUUUAAAUUCGGUAUCAAAAAUAAACAAAGAAUUCACAAAUAAAAUCAUAGAAUCCCAAUAUCCGUGGAAAGAUAUCGAAGAACCUCUUGAUGUUGAAAGGGAUCUUGACGCAACAGUUUUAGAUGUAGAACACUAUGAGCAGUUUUUGGGUUUUAAAUUGUCACAGCCUGCCCGUGAAUUGAAAAACAUUUCUCCUAUUAAGAAAAAAGAACUGUUGGCUUUAACUUAUGAUAAAAAAUUUGCUCCUACCAAAAUCAAAUUACUCGAAAUUGAACUAGACGAGAAAGGUCCAGAAUUAUGCAGAUUUUACAGAGCAUUCACGUGUGCCAAAGCUAAUGACAUUGUUAAUUUGGAACGUCUGGAAACUCUUGGGGACUCAUUCCUGAAAUUCAUUUCUUCAGUCUACAUAUACCUGAAAUUUCCCCAAUAUAACGAGGGUUUGGCAACUUCCUUAAAAGGCAGAUUGGUCAGCAACAAAAAUCUGUUUUAUUUGGCAGUAAGGAAAAACCUGCAGGGUAUCAUUAAAUACCAUGAAUUGUCUCCGCAAAAAGAAUGGUUGCCUCCAGCAUUUACCAUUCCUAGCGAAUUAUCACGACGAAUAGAAAAUAAAGAACUGUCUCUUAGCUCCGUUUUUGGAUUCACUAUUCCGGUAGAGGAGCAAAUUUCGGGUGUGUUAAGCGAAGAAACUAAGCAGGAGAUUUACGAAGAAGACUAUCCUCCUACGGCUACGGAGGAAUCUGCCUACCAAACAAUGGCCAACUUUAUAAAAUGUCAAUACAUUGGAGAUAAAUUUAUCGCUGAUGUUGUCGAAAGUCUUAUUGGAGCUUACCUAAUGUCAGGCGGUUUUAAAGCCGGCGUCAAAAUAAUUGAAUGGAUAGGAAUAAUUCCCAAAAGCGAAAGACUGGAAUAUAUUUGGCAACAACUAUCUCCAAAUCCAUUAUUAAGUCCCCUAUCAGAACAUGAGCUUGAUGAAAAAAUUCGCUAUCAUUUACCACUUUGUAAAAAAAUCGAAGAAAUACUUGGAUAUACUUUCAAAAACAAGGCCUAUCUUUUACAAGCGUUGACGCAUAAUUCUUAUACUCCAAAUAGAACGACUCUAUCAUAUCAAAAACUCGAAUUCUUAGGUGAUGCCGUACUCGAUUUUCUUAUUACCUGUCACAUAUACGAAAGUUGUGAAAAUUUAGAUCCCGGGCAACUGACCGAUUUGAGGUCUGCUUUAGUCAACAACAACACAUUCGCUAGUCUUUGUGUAAGAUUGCGUUUGCAUACGUAUCUGCUUAUGAUGAACAUGCAGCUGCAAAAACUAAUAGACAGGUUCGACAGCUUUAUGGCACAAAAGGACUAUAUAAUAGAUGAUGAAGUUUUAAUAUUACUCCAGGAGGAUGAAUACCAAUUGGCAGAAUCAGUAGAUGUACCUAAGGUACUUGGUGAUAUUUUCGAAGCAAUAGCUGGUGCUAUCUAUUUGGAUAGUAAUAAAUGUUUGAGAACAGUGUGGGACGUAUUUUAUAAGAUAAUGUGGAAAGAAAUCGAUCUAUUUACAAGUAAUAUUCCGAAAAAUGCGAUAAGAAGACUGUUUGAAUGGACUUCCGCUCAUGCUAAAUUUGGAAAAACGGUACCAACAGAAAACAAAAAAACUAUGAUACCUUUGCAGUUUCAGUUGAACGGAAUUCCAACUAUGGUCCAUGGUUUUGGAACUAAUACGGCAAUGGCCAAGAAGGCUGCAGCAAAAUUAGCGUUGCAGUUGCUUUUGGAGAGAAAAGAGAAAAAAUAAUUUUAAAAAAAUUUUAAAAUAGAAAAAGUACCUAUUUAUUGUUAAUAUUCUCCUGACAAUUAUUUUUUAAUUUAUCAAAUAUUUAAUAGUUAAGCACAGUUUAUAGGAUUAUAUUGAUGUUUUGAUUUAAUCUUUAGAAAUCGUUCUCACAGUACAAAUUGAACAAAUUAUUUUGUUUGAAAAAACCAAACAUCCAUAGAGAGGUUAAUACAAACGUUAAGAAUCGUUAAGUUGUAUAAACAAUCAAUUAAAACCAAGUACAGUUUAACACAAACUUAGAACAGCAAAAAAACAUGUGGUUAUUAUAUAUGUAAUUUAAAAAAAUUCGCCGAGAAACUAACAAGAUCACCCUUCCAACACUAGAACAUUAAUUUAGUUUAUUUUGACUUUAGGUAACAUUAUUAAAAUGAUUGCAAAAGUUUGCAGUAGUAAUCUUGUAAAAAAUGUAUUAAAAGUUGCCAUAAAAACUAUACCCCCCCCCCCCCCGAAACACUCGGCAAAUGGGACCUAAUUUAAAGCACAAGAACCAUCUCGUGAAAGAUAGUGUAUUUGAAGUCCAAAAAUGACAACACAAGGCGAAUUAGCAACCGCUAAUAAUACAUUAUAGCGGUAAAUUUAAAGGUAUGAUUUAGUAAGGAGAAAUCAUUGUCUGUACGAACCAUUAUAAAGAAAGCAACAGAUGGUUAGAAAACACCAUUUUACUUUCAAGGAAUGGCUCAAAGAAAGACAAACAAGUGAGGUCGAUCUUUCUAUAUCAUAAUACAAGUGACUAUGUUGUAGCUGGUUAACCAGCCACAGGUACAGAUUUAAUUUAACUUCCACAGUCCAAGGUUCAUAUAUUUUAGAACUGAGUAAUUAAUGGGAAUUACAUGAAUCAAAUUAAUUUCAAAUAUUUCAUCAAAAAUUUUUUUUGCAUUGAUAAAUGAAUUAAUAAAAUAUUAGUUGAAUAGUAAUCAUGGUUUAAGUAAAAAAAGGAAAAUUUUACUUGAAUUUAUUUAAAAAUGAAAAUGUACACAAAAACACACCGUAGGAGACAAUAUUAAAGUAUAAAACUAAUAAAGCCUAGUUCUGCAACAUGAAUGCAUGAUAAAUUUGGCUCAGGUUACUAAUGUCUGUCGUCUUAUUCAGAGCGUUGGGGUGUUUCAGUAUCGAACACAUUUCCAAAAACUGCCUUUUCACGAGAUUGCGUUCGUUGCCAAGAAUCCUAACUUCGUUAAAGUCCACCUUGUGAUUUGUAUUAACGGCAUGCUAAGCAAGAACACAAAUAUGCUUGGAUAGGUUAAUAUCACUACGGUGUGUCGUAAGACGCCCCCUCAGUGAUCUCCCUGUCUGACCGAUAUAACACGAGUGGAGAAAUAAAAGACAAAGUUGAUAGGCUACUUUAUCUAUUUUGAAGACGUUUCGCUUUCGUAUUCUGAAAGGAUCAUCAGUUCAUCUAAAAAGUACAAUAUGAGAACCACACAAUCAUGGAAACGAUGUUAUAAUUGUUACCUUGAAAAGACAUGUAGCAGUCAAAGUUAUUUACAAUUAUGUGAAUAAAACUCAAGUAAAUGGACAUUAUGCAGUGAUAUUGUAUAAACAAUCAAGUAACUAACAACAUAUAGCAACUUAUAAAAAAUUAGCACAGCAACUGACCAUGUGGUCUAAAGUAAACGAAAUAUUAUAUUUAAUCUUAAGUAGUGAAAAAGAACCAAGAAAAUCAUAGAUAUACUUCCAACUAUUUAAUAAUUAUUAAGCUUUGAUUUUAACUUUAGGUAUCAUUAUAAGUGAUGUUAAUAAAAAAUUUAUUUAAAAAGUAGUGUAAAUGAAGUUACCGAUCAAAGCCUUACAGCUACCGCCGGAAAAAUGGCGUUAAAUGAACCAGACCGAACUAAACCGCAAAAAGACAGCCAACCUUGAGGUCAAAAAUCUUUUGACAGAUCAACAUGGUGGAGGUACCACCCCAAAUAAUUGGGCGGUAUUUUCCGAGGGCCGCUGUGUACAUUUAAAUUUGAGCAUAUUCUUCGUUUAAACGAUGAAAUCACUCUUCCAAAUAGUGGAAUUGUACUUUAGUUUCUAACGUUUUCUGCCAUAAACUGACGUCACGCAUAUCUGGUCUGUUAAUUGUAUGGUCUCUGGUAAUCUGGUCUGGUCUGUAUUUUGAGAAUGAUUUCCGAAGUGGAAAUCGAAAUGUCAAAAUAAACGUAUUUUAAACUGAAACUGUGGUCAAUUCCCAUUGAAGAUAGUAAGUAAUUAUUUGUUUAAUUGUGUUUAUCCGCGAUUGUAUAUCUAGAAUUAUUGUGGCUUUUGUUACAGCUUAAAGCUCAAAGCAAUGUCUGUAAAAAUGUUGUAUGAGACAGAAGUGACUGAAGUAGUAGGAAAAUAUUAUAACUUUAUUUAUAUUUAUAAAAUAGAAAAAUAUACGAAAAUAUGUGUUAAUAAAUAUUCAAUUUCUUAUUUUUGUAAUAUUUAUAUCCGAAAUAUAGAUGAAUGAUUGUUAA